UCACGAUUGAUUGCCCAGCAUGAGCUUCCCGCCGACAUCGUGCCCCACUGUCCUCCUUCGCCGCCCUGCCCCAUCUGUCUCCAAAGCAAUACCAAGUGCGAUUCCGAGCCCCAGCAAGCCAACUCGAGUUGGCGCAUCGUUGUCGCCACCUCGAUCCACUCAAAAGAAGACACUCCUGGCGACUGUGACACCAUCGCCAUCGAAGCAGUCGAGCGUGCUGCCGACAGCCCCCACUCAGCUACUGUCAAGCGUUGGGAGAAGCCCUCCGCCGUCACCGUCGAAGUCCUCGAUUGACCAGUCGAAACGAACUGCCGCCGCCCCCGUCUCACCAAAAGAGAAGCUGAUGGUGGCCAAGUCACCCCUCAAGAAAUCACCCACACUUGUAUCCUCGAACAACCUGUCUCCAACUAAGACCACUUCUUUCGAGGAGCCGCCUUCUACAUUGCGCUCAACUGGCGACCUUGUGGCGGCACUUCGUCAAAAAGACGACGCGAUUGCCGAAAUGAGUACCCAGUGCCGCCACUAUCGGGAAGAAGCCGAGUCGUUGGCGAACCAAGUGAUGGCGUGGAAAGCCAAGCACGACGCUGUCGCGGCGCUCUUGGAAGAGUCUAUCGAGGCAUUGAAUGUCCAAGGCCAAGCACUCAAUCGAGAAGGCAUGGUGAACGAAGACAAUCGCGACCAUCUCGCACUGAUGCACGUUGCGCUGGCGUCCGUAACGUUCGACAAGCACUUGUUGGCUGAAAAGUACUGGGCGAUGCAAGAGUUGGUUGCGGUGGCGCAGGACGAAUCGACUUCUCAACUGUACAAGGGCAAAAUCCAACAGCUCAAGGUGAAGCUCGCGGCCAUGCAGCAGAGCACUAGUGUUCGUCGAAUGGAGGGCGUUGGCCAUUCACUCGCUCGCGGCGUCCUCCAGUGCAAACCCAGCAUGCUCAAUCAUAUGUACCGGCCAUUCGCCACAUCGAUUGGCGACGAAGUCCACUUGGACGACGUGGCGAAUGCGUGGCAGUGGCUCAAUCAGCACAUGUCUUUCAAGAACUCGGAGCCCGUGGGCUAGUGUCGACUACAUCACAGAUUUCACCUCAACUCAAGCUCUUACAAUAUACAUCGAGUCCUCCAUGCGCA